GCUAUAGGUACUUCCUCACCAAUAUAUAAGCCCACCACUUGUGAGAGGCUCAUUGCCGUCCACUAUUUCCACUGCCCGUUAUAUGCAAAAUCGCAAGCCCAGAGCAGCCAGCAGCCAUCCACCGUCCUGAGAUCUUGCUGUGAGAGAGCAAGCUAGCAGGAUGGAAAACGCGGCGUCCAUCGUGAGCAAGUUCGGGCAGGCGCUGGUGGAGGAGCUCCAGGAGAUCCGCGGGGUCGGCAACAAGAUCGUCCACCUCAGGGACGAGCUGUCCUCCAUGAACGCCGUGCUCCGCAUGCUGGCCGAGACCGACGACGACUGCGUCGAUCACCUCGUCCGAGAGUGGACGAAACAGGUGCGCGAGCUUGCUUCCGACGCCGAGGACUGUGUGGAUAUCUACAAGCUCCGCGUCAGGCGCCCUCUGCCACGACUGCCCGUCGACCCCGGCGCGCCGUUCAACUGCGCCAGACGUUUACUCGGGCACGCCAGGCUUCUACCUGCCAUUGUUCGGCAUCAGUUUUUGAAGCUUUACUUGAAGCGUUGCCUCGACCAGGAGGCACUACGCAGAUCGGCCACCUUUGCCACUGUGUCACCGGCCACCCUGUCUGCCCGUGCACUUCGCCCGUCAAACGACCACGACCAGUUCAUCGGCCUGACGGAUCAGGUCAACGCCCUGGCCGACAAAUUGAGGUCAGGGGAUGACAAAGAUAUGAAGGUCUUCUCCAUCGUUGGGUUUGGAGGGCUCGGAAAAACUACGCUCGCCAUGGAAGUGUGUCGGGAGCUAGAGGUGGACUUCCCACACCAAGCCCAAGCGUCCGUGUCCCAGGCAUUUGAUGGUGGAAAGGACCUGGAGGGAUUGCUUAAGCGCAUGCUUCAUCAGAUGGCGAAGCAGAAAUCCGAUAACAAGGAUGGCAUCAAGGAAGAAGACGUUGCUGGCAUCGACGGUAUGGAUGUGCCCGGGCUGACCGGCAAGCUCCAAGAUCUUCUCCGUGACAAGAGGUACCUCAUAGUGAUCGAUGAUGUAUGGACCAUACCAGCAUGGGACGCUAUCCGCUCCAUAUUGCCAACUGACAAUAAAUACAAAAGCAGAAUAAUUGUGACGACUCGGGUGGACUCGGUGGCAAAAGCUUGCAGCUCAGUUAGUGCGGCUUUAAGGGACUAUUUUGUCCAUGAAAUGAAGCCGCUGGAAAAAGAAGUGUCUAAGCAGUUGUUCAUCAAUAGAGUGUUUGGCCCUGAGGGUGCCUGCCCCGAACAACUGAAAUCCAGCAUGUUGAAUAUCUUGAGGAAGUGCGGUGGGUUGCCAUUGGCGAUCGUUAGCAUGGCCAGUCUUUUGCCUAGCUACAAGUCGCCACGAAGCAAGGAUAUGUGGGACAAAAUAUGCAACUCGAUCGGUUCUCAACUGGAGAGCAACCCUACCUUGGAAGGGAUGAGGCAGAUAGUUACACUCAGCUACAGCCACCUGCCUCACCAUCUCAAGACUUGCAUGAUGUAUCUCAGUAUUUUUCCAGAGGACUAUGAAAUCAAGAAGGGUCGUCUACUAAGUAGAUGGAUAGCCGAAGGCUUGGUCGCUGAGAGGCGAGGGUUGACAUUGCUAGAGGUGGCAGAAUCCUACUUCGAUGAGUUGGUGAGUAGAAACAUGAUCGUCCCAGCCAACAUAAGCUAUGAUGGGAGGGUGAAGUCAUGCCGCGUGCACGACAUGAUGCUCGAGGUUAUGGUGUCAAGGUCCAUGGAGGCAAACUUUGUGAGCCUGGUUGGAGGUGAACAGCACGAAGGAGAGUCGCUUGGCAAGAUCCGGCGGCUCUCUAUCCAAAGCAGUGGUGGGCCAAAGGACGAAAGGAGCAUGAAGCAUGUCCGGUCGCUUAGCACGUUUCAUCCCCAAGGCCAUAAGGCGCUGCUGGAGCGACUUGGCGAGUUCACCCUCCUGCGGGUACUCGACCUUGAAGACUGCAAAGCCUUGCAAAACAAACACAUGAAGCAUGUGUGCCGGAUGUUUCUGCUCAGGUUCUUGAACUUGAACGGCACUGACAUCAGCAAGAUGCCAAAAAAGAUCGGCAAGCUUGUGCACUUGCAGACACUGAACCUAUGGAACACACUUCUCCAUGGCCUCCCUCAAUCCGUGACGGAGCUGGAGAAGCUCGAGUCCCUCUACUUCCAUAAUAGGGAGUCGUAUUUUGAUUGCAGGCUUCCCUGUGGACUAGGGAGAAUGAAGGCGCUUCGCGUGCUGGAUAAGAUGGUGCUCCAUGAUGAUGGUGCUGACGCUGCCCGAGAGAUCGGCGAGUUGACGCAGUUGAGAAAGCUUAAUAUAUCUAUCGACUGCUCCCAAGAGGUACUUCAAGUGCUCAUCACCGCCCUGAACAGGACAUAUUCCCUUCGACAACUCUCAAUCUUGGACCGCGGUAAUGGGAAGAUAAUGAACAUCCUCGGAGAGAUGACCUCGCCACCGCUGCUCCUCCGGUCAAUGGAGAUCUGUGGCGGAAUCGAUGGGAUGCCCGAGUGGUUUGGGUCACUCAUGCACCUUGGGAAGCUAGAUAUCUCAUAUACAAUGCUUAGCAGCGACGAGAUACUUGGCAUCCUGUGUGAGUUGCCAAACCUACUGCGCCUCACCCUCGGGUUCAGGAGUUGCACCAAUGAUGCGCUAGUCAUAAGCGCCGAGUACCGAUUCCCAGUGCUCAAGCAGCUGAAUGUUCACUCCGUACAGAAAGAAAUCAUUUUUGAGCAAGGGUCCAUGGCAAUGCUCGAGAAGCUGGAGGUAGGAUUCGGUUCUGAGGAAAAGAGCCUUUCCGGCAUCGAGCAUUUGCCAAGUCUAAAGGUGGUGGUGCUCGCUGGUUUGAGAUCCAACCGUACACUGCAUCAGACGGUGCCGCAGCUCAAGUUGGAGAGCGACCGACGCCCCGUGCCAAAUCAGUUCAAAGUUGUAGCACCAGCCCGGAUCUGGGAAGAGUUAUAA